GAGGAAGUGAUUCAGAGGUUCAAUUUCAUACCAUUUGCUUGGUCAACUCCAUAAUGCUAAAGUCCUGUAUUAUGAUGGAGGAAACAUGUGAAGAUAUAGAUCAGAUGUUCAGCAACUUAUUGGGGGAAAUGGAUUUGCUGACACAGAGUUUAGGAGUGGAAACUUUCCCACCUCCAUCCCCCAAAACAUCUAAUGAUGAAUUUAAUUUUGCGGUUGGUUUUAAAGAUUUAAAUGAAUCUUUAAAUGCACUGGAAGAUACUGAUUUAGAUGCAUUAAUGGCUGAUCUUGUAGCAGACAUAAGUGAAGUAGAAAAAUCUACUUUCCCAGGAAAGAAGGAAGCCUCCAGCUACCCAAAACCCGCUAUGGAUCUUCCUCCAUUAAAUGCUACUGCUGUUGCUGAGAAUCAGCCAGGUUUUCCAAAGGCUACUAUCACACAGGUUGGAAAUAAUUUGCCACCUCCUUCUGCAAAAUUAGCCUUGGAUCUUCCGCCUCCACCCUUGCCUUCAGCCAUAGAUCCUGUACCACUCACUCAGGAAGAGAAAGAAGCACAAGCAAAAGCUGACAAGAUUAAACUUGCGCUGGAAAAAAUGAAGGAAGCUAAGGUUAAAAAGCUUGUUGUCAAGGUGCACAUGAAUGAUAACAGCACAAAGUCUCUGAUGGUGGAUGAGCGGCAAGUAGCACGUGAUAUUCUGGACAAUCUCUUUGAAAAAACCCACUGUGACUGCAAUUUGGACUGGUGCCUUUAUGAAAUAUACCCAGAGCUACAAAUUGAAAGAUUUUUUGAAGAUCAUGAAAAUGUGAUUGGUGUUUUAUCUGAUUGGACUCGGGACACAGCGAAUAAGAUCCUGUUCUUGGAGAAAAGUGAAAAGUAUGCUGUGUUUAAAAACCCUCAGAAUUUCUACUUGGCAAACAAAGAAAAAAAUGAAAACAAGGAAAUGAAUGAAAAAAGCAAAGAAGCUUUACUGGAGGAAAGCUUCUGUGGUACAUCUGUCAUUGUACCAGAAGUAGAAGGGGCCCUUUAUUUAAAAGAAGAUGGAAAGAAGUCCUGGAAAAGGCGAUAUUUCCUUCUACGAGCUUCUGGAAUUUAUUAUGUACCCAAAGGAAAGACUAAGACAUCUCGAGAUUUGGCUUGCUUCAUACAGUUUGAAAAUGUAAAUGUAUAUUAUGGUGUUCAGUACAAAGCAAAAUAUAAAGCACCUACGGACUACUGUUUUGUCUUAAAGCAUCCUCAGAUACAGAAGGAAUCACAAUACAUCAAAUACUUAUGCUGUGAUGAUCGGCAAGCUCUACAUCAUUGGGUAACUGGUAUAAGAAUUGCAAAGUACGGCAAAACAUUGUAUGAUAACUACAUCCGUGCAGUGCAGAAGGCUGGCUUAGCUUCCCGACUGGCAAAGCCAGGGAAUGCUGAAUCCAUAGCUGCUGCAGGAUCUUCUUCCAAAGGUAGUGCUCAUGCAAAUGGACAAGUCCCGCAAAGCAUAACCCCAACUAUAGCAGUCUCUUCAGAGAAUGGGAAACGUGCUGAGACACCAAAGGCUAAGAAACCAGACAGCAUCCCUGUUGCCAGUCAAGCACCGCCACCACUACUCACCCUGCCGCAGGUCAAACAGCGGAAACCUGGUGGCCUCUGUCCACCUCCUCCUCCCCAGAGACGAUCUUCUGCCAUCACUACUUCACUGAACUUACCCACUGAUAACCAGAAGGGCGGAACUGUUUACCCACCGGAUCCAGAAUUUCCACCACCUCCUGAUUUAACCCCGUCACUCUCGGAACUGGAUGAUUUGCCGCCGCCACCACCGCCUCCUCCACCAGAAUAUUAUGAAGCUCCCCCUGAUUUUAUUCCACCCCCUCCGCCUUCUUCUGCUGCUGAAACUGCAAAUGCAGAACUGCUGCCUCCUCCACCACUGCCUCCUCCCCCAGUCUCUGCUCCCAGUAUGCCUCCACCAAUCAGAAAGAAGCCUCUGCCUCCGCCUAGAAGGCAGGAAGAAAGUGAUGGGCAGGAUGGAGGGCCAAGGCAAGGGGGGCCACCCCCAAGAGGAGAUGCAUCUGCCCAAGGCGAUUUAAUGUCUGAUCUAAUGAGAGCAUUGCAGAAGAAAAGGGGUGACACAUCAUGAAGCAAGGAGCUUAUGUAUCAGGGUGUGGUUUUAAUUGUGACUAGACCACAGAGGGGGUGCUUCCCUGGUGGUCUAAGGGCAUACAUGCUAGUAGUAGUAACUCCAACACAUGCUGAACGUGAGAUGGGUCCCUUUCUCAAGGACUUGUAGAAAUAUUGGCUUUUCAGAACACAAGUAGAAGCAGUGCAAGUCUCCCAGUGAAAAGGAGGUUUUAACAGACUAGCUAUGUUUUGGUCAGCAAAAAUUAAUAAAAAUUAUUAAUUAGAUUAAUUUAUUGCAUCUAGGGCUGAGGCACACUGCAAAAAACAUAAGCUAGAAAUCUGGAAUGCCACAUUAUAGUUUCCUUUACAGCUCCUAAAUUCACUUUUCGACUGGCUGGGAAACAUUAUUCAAGUGUCAACCUGUCCUUUUGCUUUCUGUACUUUGGAUAAAAAGUCAGAAAAGUCACUGAAGACUUCAUUAUGCACAAGCUGCCCUGGCCACAGCAUGCUACACCUGUGAACUUCAGUCAUUUUGAAACUAAGAACUCACAAUGAGAAUAGAUGUUUUCAGUGAGAAUAUCUGCAGACUACAUAUGUGGUUACUUCUCUGGCACCUAGAAAUGCAUAGUUUUAAAGGUUCUGUAGGUUUUUGAAUAAUUUAAGUAAUGUUUUUCAUUUACUGCUCCUCUUUUAUCAUUUAUGGUGCACCUGAAAUCUCCUGUUUGUGUCGAUGCUACUCACUGCCACUUUGUGAAUAAAAUCUCCUCUUGUGUGUCUCCUCA